GUGCAAGUGCACGUAGAAGAACCGAAGCUCUGCUCCAUUCCAUUGUGCACUCCCUGGGAGUCAGCCCCAUUGCACCGGGCAGGCGUUACUUCUCGGAACCAAGACUGGCCGAACAGGGCGCUCUCGGUUGCGAACUUCGGUUCACCACAAGUGGUCUCGCUUCAUUGAGAGUAAACGGCUCGCUCCGCCUCCCCGGUGGGACGGCCUUGCUGCUUUCCCGGAAGCCGGCAGGACAAGCGGCGCGGGAAAGGAAACUGGUUGGUGAUGGCUGGGGAGGACCGGUCUCUGGUGCGGCUGGCGCUGGGCACGCUGCAGGAGGCGCCGCACGACCGGCUGCAUCUCCUGCCCUGCGUCAUCCAGCACGACGGCAGCGCUGCGGUCCAGCGCUACUUCACGCCGGCCAUCCGCGGCCCGCAGGAGCCAGAGUCGGGCGACGAGUCAACUGUGUCUUUCCGUGGCCGAAUGCUAAAGGGGAAACAAGUCCUUGUCCCUGAGGGGUACGUGGGACUGGUACUAGAGGAGGCAGCAGCUCCUUACUUGUCAUCAAAGGAGCGGAAUAUGCAGGUGAAGUCUACCUUUGACUCAAUGACUGUGUGGAACCUGGAACGGGCACCAAAUGAGAGCGAUGAGAUCCUCAAGGCCUUCAGCUGGCCAAAGAUUGCAGAGGGUAUCCAUGCUCCUGUAGCGGAUGACAAAUAAGAUGGACAAUCAACACAGCGCUGCAGAAGAUAAACAGCACUCUGAGUUUGCUUUGGACUGCUGGGGACAGAGGAGGCCAGCAGAAAUUGGAUGAGACAGCUGCUCAACACUCAUGGAUCUGAUUUCCGCUCCCCCUGCUCCUUCCAGCCCCCUCAGUGGACAUAUAUGUAUACAAACAAGAUGGACUGUUUAUGUAGAAUUUGGCUUUCUUAAUCUGUUGGCCUCUGGUAGUUUUAAAGCUUUUCUUUUUUGGUGUGUAUAGAUUUUGAAUAGAUGCAACAGCAGGUCGAUGCCUUUGGGAGUAGAAAGGAUUCCAUUUGUAUUACAGCUGUUACAGUUGCUGCCUGUUCACAUAAAUACAUUUCCUGAAGGCAGCUAUAAGAGUUGUUACAAGCCAUUUCAGCUACAUCUGUAGUGUACACUGAGCUGUCUCUGGUUGUGGUCUGAAAUGCUUACAUGAACAUGUUUUGUAUUAAAUGAAUAAGAAUA